UCGUUAAGCCAGUUCUUAAAUAUGCGGAGAUUUGGGCCGAGCGUGGAGGUCUUAUGAAGCCUCGACCAGCCCGUUCUGGUGUGCUCCGGUCUCUCCCGCCUUCCUGCACCCCUCUCACAGGAUCGUUGUUGAUGUUGUCUGGUGCGUUGCAUGAUUUUGCGGCUCCGCGGCGGAAUUCAGCGUCAUGUGGAGUUGCGCGGACGGUAGAUUGUGUGGAGAUUAUUUCGUUUUUCGGGAGGUUUUUUCUCGCCUCGUAGACAAUCAGUAGCGAGAGCCAGAGGUUCGAGGAGGUAUUUCGAAACCUUGCCUGGCUCGCGAUACGGUUCUUGCCCCGCCUUCGUCGUCACGGCGUUCGCCGCGUUUCCCCCAGGAAUGCUGUGGUCCCUUGUGGGUUCCGCGGCGGAAUUGGGCCGAAUAUCUGGUGAAAUUUCGAGUUGCAGACUAUAGAGUUUUUGUACAUAUCGUUAAUCUCUUCUGGAGGGUUUUUGGUGUCAUCGAACCGAUCAGUGGCACCGAGCGUAGCUGUCAUCUGUUUCGAUCCCUUUCGUCCACGUGGAGGUUCAAAGACAUCGGGAACUGCUGUGAUUGUUGCCAGUGAUAUCAUCAGCAAGCGCGCGGCCCAUGCAUUUUGCUAGUUAGCUAUGACUAGCGUCACGGAUCCAAAGCAGGGACAAGGGGAACUAAGUUCUACCUCAACUACAACAACUGCCAGCAGUAGUAGCGGAGGAGGGGGCAAUUCGAGACGGAGGGCACGAGAUCGACGAAUGAUGAGUUUGGUGGAGGAUUUGGGUGUAUAUGACAGUUCGUGUGGAUACUGCAAAGCCACAAAUCGGAGUUCCAGAUCACAGGGUAGGAGUGUGGGAUCACGUAAGGCUUUUAGGAGGUUUGUGGGCUCACGAAUUAGCCGUGCAGGACUAUCAAGAUUUACUGGAUCGAGGAUGGCGCCGAUCGGGAAUGUUCCUCUACAAACCCUGCAUGAAAGAAACAUGCUGUCCACCCUAUACCAUCAGGCUGAAAGUAGAUGCAUUUGUUGCUACGAAAGACCAGAUACGCGUGAGGCGGCGGCUUCAGAGGUACUUAGAUGGAACUUAUAGCGGCCCUCAGACUGUUGGAGAGCUUCACGAAGAGAAGAACGACGUUGUCGAAAGAGAAACAGGAGUACCUAGUGACUCAAUCAUGGCUUCCAGUUCAGACAGGAAAACUUCGAACGUGGAACAAGGUGCUGCAGGAGGACAUGGAUUGAGUCGUAGUGAUGUCGUUGAGGCAGAUCUUAGCGAUGAGGAGAAACUGAUUGAAAGCGUUAAAUUCGCAAUCAAAACAUCUAUUACGAAGUGUGUUGAAAAGGGUGUGCUUCCACAAUCGCUGGAAGUUCCAGAGGUCGUUGUAAAGCCUAUUUCACAAAAAGUCAAAGAUAAGCUGAAGGUCGAAAGCAGAGCGGAUUUCACAAGCAACGUUGCUUUCCCCCUUGCAGCGACUGUGAAACGGUUGAAGAAGAUUGAGAUUCAGGAUGCCGGAAAGUCGAACUUGCAGCAGGGAAGUAUACUUGUUCUGACACCUCAAGAAAUAGCUGAAAAUCUUGUCAUCGUCUUGUCAGAGUUAUUCCUUCCAGGCGUGGCAAUCGUGACCGCAAGUAAUGGUUAUUUAAACUUUUUAUUAUCAGACGUGAAAAUGUCGAGUCCGAAGUAUCUGGUAGGAGAGAAGCAAGUUAAUCAGUCAGUCCAUGUCACUACUAGCGAGCAACUCUUAGAAUUAAUGAAACCUGCAGCCCCGGGGUUUACUCGUAAGCUGGAGAUACGAAUGGCGAGGUCGUCAUUCGACGCUGAGGAGUUUGCUCUUUACAAAAAAUAUCAAAUAGCAGUGCACAAUGACCGUCCAGAGGGUGUGAGAGAGAGUCAUUACAAACAGUUUCUGGUAGAUACUCCUCUAGUGUUUAUACCACCAGCAAAUAAUGGAACCACUCCAUCCUGCGGUUACGGCUCGUUUCAUCAGCAGUAUCGUGUAGACGGGAAGCUGGUUGCUGUUGGUGUGAUAGAUAUUCUGCCUCACUGUCUCUCAAGCAAGUAUCUCUUCUGGGAUCCAGACUUCGCAUUUUUGUCUCUUGGAAAGUACUCCGCUCUGCAAGAGAUCGAAUGGGUACAGAAGGAGCAAAGACUAUGUCCAACGUUUCAAUACUAUUACCUUGGAUUCUAUAUUCAUUCUUGUCCCAAGAUGCGCUACAAGGCUGCCUACUACCCAUCGGAGCUUCUCUGUCCGGAGCGGUACAGGUGGGUGUCGUACGAGGUGGCUCGACCCCUAUUGGACAAGCAGUCCUACGUUUGUUUGUCAGACUUUGGAACCAGCACUAGUGCUUCAGAAGGUUCUAGUAUUCCAGGUAAGACCAGAGGGGAUGCAGAAGCAGCUGCAAGGGAUGACAUUACUGGACGUCAAGGCAAUUCUGGGGAAGUUUACGAGGCCAGUGAUGAGCCUGUUAAUUGGGAAGAAAGGAGGCACGUCGCUGCGGAUGAUGGUGCACAAUCCGCUCUGGACAGACUUGGACUGGUGGGCGAUAUAUCCGUCUUCCUUGCAGGAAGCGUUAUACCAUUUAAGCAACUGCGUGCGAGCACGACGAUGCCAAGACAGCAUCUGGAUAAAAUAGCUACGAGUUUACGCAUUUAUCUGCACAAUGUCGGACCAAGAGUAGCAACUCGUAUGGCUUACGCUGUGUAUGAGGGCCAGGACUAGUUUGGUCAUUUCAUUACACGUAAUAAUGCACUUGAAUGUCCUAGCGCCGCGUCCAUUUUCCCACAUUGGGAAAGCAGAUGAGUAUUGUAUAAGUAAGCCUUUUGGUCACAAGCAUUUGCUAUCUUUCUACCUCCGACCAUCUUGGUUUUCCGUUUUACCCUCGGGGACGAAAACCUUGUUCGCAAAAGAGUUAUGCUGGCUGCUCCGCAACCCGAGAUCUACCCUUUAUGUUGCUUAUGGUGAGAGGUGGGAGCAUGUUCUCUCUUUGAUAUGCUAUUUACGGGUCCAUUUAGCCGAAAUUUGUACAUUUUGUAUCGAAAUCCAAGUUUCACUUCGAUUUUUUCAACUUUACACCACGAUUCUUAUGUAAGGAAAUGACCUCGGAUUAGUAGGUAUUGUCCAUUUGGGUGCACUGGUAAUUUUCAAAAAUUGCAAUGUACAUGCUGCUUCUCCCG